AUGAGCAGACAACAGAUCAAUCGCCGAAUUUAUAACGAUGGCGAGUACGGAACCGAGUUCAGAGACGACCCAGGGGCGACCAUACGUACACUUGCCGCUGAGCCGACAGCCCUCUUGAUCAGUGUCAAUGGUGCCUGCGAGAACAAAGGUCUCCCCAAUGCAAGAGCGGCAGGAGGUAUCUUCUGGGCUGGUACAUCAAAUCUCAACAUGAGUAUGGCACUCCCAGCCAGCCUACCUCAGACGGUGCGAGCCGCGAAGCUCUUCGCACUUGAAAGAGCUUUGGAUAUGAUUAUUGAAAAUCUACUCAAGCCAUGGUUCGAAUUGCCUAAAGACAUGUCCAGAAUCGUGAUAAUCGUGGAUUCGCUCUAUGUCAAAAGUGGCGUGUGCGCUUGGGUAUGGGAAUUUGAAAGAGACGGAUAUAAGGAAGCAGAUGGGAAGCCUGUGGUCAACGGAGAGCUUUUCAAAAAGAUCCACCAGCACUUCGAGCAUCUCCAAAGCCGAGGUUACGAGGUCAACAUCUGGGAUGUGCCAAAGGAACAGAAUACGGAUGCUGAAAAGCUAGCAAGAGCCGGGCUAUGA